UGGAGGAGAAGGGGUGGACAGCACUCAUCACACCCACCCCAGGCUCUCUACCAGGGCCUUGGAGAAGAAAAAACUCCACCACCCCGGCCGUUUUAGUUCAGAAUAACCCCAAGCUUGAGGGAGAAGGCCUGGGGUCCCCAGAAAAUCGCCCGCCAGCCGGUGCCACUGAACUUAAGUAGAUCUACCCCCAAGGGAGACUUCUGCUCCUCAGCUCUGACACAGUGUUUCUCAGACCCCAAGUAUCAAUCAGUGGUCACUCAGAUCUUUGGGGAGUGGGGGGGGUGUCAGUGCCCCAUUUGGGGAGAGAACAGAAAAGUGAGGGAGAGAGUUGGCUGGUGAGAGGGUCGGGCCUGAUGGGUGCCUAAGAGGCCAAGCCAGAUGCCUCCUCCCAGAAGGGCUUCGCUCCUUGCCAGUUGUUAGGCUGAGAAGUUUUGACUUGUUUAGUGUGGGUUCAGGGCUUUAUUUUGCAGAGUUAAAAGAUAAGGGUAAUCAAGGAGUCAAGAGUAAGCCUUUUAAUGCUUUAGGUUUGACUGCCUAGACUAGGGAGGCAGGCCCUUUUGAAACUAGAUUGUCUUCUUUUGUAUCUUGAUUCAAUUGUUUCAGUUCCCUACCCCCCACUCCCCCACCCCCAUUUUAAGAAAUGUGGGGCCCAGAGUAUCAGUUAAUGUGAUAGGUAAUAGUUGGAUUUUUGCAAUGACUUGUGUAUGACCACAUCCCUGAAAUUAAAAUGCAGAAAAUAUGAAAUCUUCUUCAUUUGAUUUUAGAGAGAGAACUAGGAGUUUACUCUGGCCUAAAUCUUAAGAAGACCCUGGAAAUGACUUUGUCUCAUACUCUAAAGGCUGUCAGUCCCUAGUAUCUGAACAUAACUAGGUACCGUUUUCCAUUAAUGGAUCUCCAAAAAGGCAGCUUUAAGAAACCAAAAGCAUGAAGUGUGAUAUAGCUUAAGCUUUAACUUCUAUAACAAGGGCAUACAUAGGGGGAGCAGCUGAGGAGAAAUCUCAGUUUAUACGAUUUUUGUAGUGUUUUGAUUUUCUUUUUUUUUCUGAAGAGCAUAGAGAACUUUCCCAGUGUCUCAGGGAAGUAUCUUUCUGUGAGAUGGAUAUGUAUUAAAGAGUAUUCGCCCCAUUUUACAGAAGGAAAAAGUCACAGAAUAACUUGCCCCCAAGGUCACAUACAAAGCAGAGCUUGUCAUAUACAAACAAUGCUCUUUUAGACUUCUGUGAGUACACAGGCACAAGUGAAUGAAUGAGUAAAUGGUGUCCAGCCAGAAAGGUAGAACAGAUUGCCUUCUGCAUCCUAAUGAUGUCAUCACUCCCAGCAUCCCUAGGCUUUGUGGUGCAUUGAACAGGAAGAGUGAGAGAUGAUACCCUGCUGGACUCCUCUGAAAUGAUUCCUUGGAUUUAUGUAGUUUGUUGUUCCACAGAGCUCAAAUUGUUUUUAUCUUUUAUCUUAGUUACCAAGUAUACUAUUAUUUUUCCCUCAUUUUAGUUAUGAAGAAACUGAGGCCCAUAGAUAGACUGAUGUUAUUUGCCCAAGGUUCAUGUAGUAUAUAGCAAGUAAGGUUGGAAUGGUAUUAAAACCUAGGUACUCCUUAACUUCUUCCAUUAGAGUAAGUUAUGUACUCCAGAGGGUUAUAUUGCCCUCUAGGUCAUUCCUAAAAUUGGAUAAACAGAAGCCAUUGAAAAACUAGGUUAACAUCUCUUCUUCAGCCCAACAAAAGUCCUGUAGCCGAUUGUGGGUUUGGAGCCUGGUGUUAAAUACAGACAGUAAUGUUCCUUACGACUCAUCAAGAGGUUGAUUCACUAUAAGUAUAUAUAGUAUAGCCUUUGAGCUAGAGCAAUCCUGAAAUUUGGCAGAAUGAAGUCAUAUAGAUCUGUAGGGUUUAGAUUAGAAUUAUUUUGCUUGCCAGUUUUUUGGGUUUUCAUUCAAAAUUUUUAGGAGGCACUUAGCAAACAUAAUUAUUGUGUCAAUGAAAACAGUGACUUCUUACUAACUCAGGUUAAAUGCAGUGCAAAAUUCUGUUCUGCAAAAACCACACAUUUUAUCCCACUUCUCUGUGGUUUAGGCAUGUUAGAAAAGAACACUUCUCUUAUUAGGAACCACAGGUGACAUUUCAUGGUCAUCUGAACAAACUUGCACUUUGGGCAUAGGUUUAACUAAUUUGACACCUGAGCAGUUGGCACUCAGGUCUCUUUUUGUACAACUUGAACAUAUUAUUUUGUACCAUUUGUUCUGCAUGUAUAUUUCACAUUCUUCUUACAAAACUGUAAGUUCCUAGAGGGUAAGAAAUUUUGUCUAAACUUUGUAUUUCCCCCAGCAACCUCUAGAGGCACCCAGUAGGUCUUAUACAUACUGAAUUGAAUUGAAGGUUGAAGAAAACAUAUUGGCAGGCGACCAAGAUGGGAGUGACCACUUGGGUGCCCAGUUCUUUUCCAAAGUAGACAGCUAUUAAAAUAACUCUUGACUGUGUUUAGCUACAGCCUAGUCAGGUAAUACGGAAGCAAGCUUAGUUAAUUUAGGUGAGAAUAUAAUAGGCCAGAAGCGUACAUGUCCUCUAAUAUUGGUGGUAGGGAGCUUGGUCCUUGUGUACCUUGCAGAUUUCAGCAGGCAUGAAUCAAGUGGGAAGUCCCGGUGAUGCUAGAACGGUGAUGGAGUGGCAGAAGGUGACUCCGAAGUGAGGUGGCUAAAGGUCACAAAAGACAAAGGAGACGUUCCACUUCUCCGCUCAAGUUCUGGGUCUUGGGGAGAAUCAUGAUAACUUUGAUUACUGAGCAACUACAGAAGCAGAGUUUGGAGGAAUUGAAAUGCACGUGCUUCAGGAUCAGUCUGCCUUUGCCUGAUCAUUCUGAUGUCUCUACCUGUGGGGAUCCUUUCCAGCUUGUUUCUGAAGGUGCUUCUUGGAGGGGCCUGCCCCCCUGUCCCUGUGCCGGGCUCAAGGACAGCCUUAGUCUCAGCUAUCACCACUCUAGUCUGAGUUUGCACUUCAAACCUCCAAGCCGGGGAGGCUCCCCACAGGAAAAACCGCUCGGCCAGGGCCUUUCCCCAGAGUCUCCAGGCUCAGAGAAAGUUCCUGUCCCUCCUGCCCCUCCAUCCAAGAGGCACUGUCGCUCUCUCUCAGUACCUGUGGACCUCUCUCGAUGGCAGCCUGUGUGGCGGCCUGUUCCUUCCAAGUUGUGGACUCCUAUCAAACGUCAAGGCAGUAAUGGAGGAGUGGGUGGGCCACUGGUACCGCAUCAGAGCUCCCCCAAGCGGGUCUCCAGCCUCAGGUUCCUCCAAGCCCCGAGUGCCUCUCUUCAGUGUGUCAAGGCCAACAGAUCCUGCAGUCCACCUUUCUUCAGUUUGGCCCUGACGCAUCGUGAUUCCCCAAGACCCUGUGCUGCAUCCCCUCCCAGUGGAUCAUGGGAGAGUGAUCAUGAGCCCCUAUCCCCUUUCCCUCCUCAGCGCCGCUUCUCUUUGUCCCCCAUCCUCAUCCCCCAGGCAGGCCGGUUCCUGCCCUCUGCCCGGAGUUCCCCCUCCUCCUCCCCAGAGCUGACCUGGAGACCCCAUGGUCUUCCCCGAAGCCGAUCGCAGCCUUGUGACCUGGAUGCACGAAAGGGUGGGGUCAAACGGCGCCAUGAUGAUGACCCCAGGCGUCUGCGACCCUCACUGGACUUCGAUAAGAUGAAUCAGAAACCGUAUUCAGGAGGUCUCUGUCUCAUAGAUACAGCCCAGGAAGGCAACAGCAUCUCCCCACCGUGGUUCAUGGCCUGUAGCCCUGCACCCCUUUCUGCCUCCUGCAGUCCCCUUGGCGGCUACUCCCAAGUUCUGAGUGAAAGCGAAGAGGAAGAAGAGGGGACCAUGAGGUGGGGCCGAUCCCUUUUUACCAAGCGGACACUCUGCCAGCAGGACUUUGGGGACCUGGACUUGAAUCUGAUUGAGGAAAACUAGAGCUGAGAAGCUGCUUCUUGGGGGGAAAGCAAACUUCAUGUCUACUAACAAGUGAUGAGGCCUCCAGGCCAGAGACUAAACCUGGGAACUGGGGUGAGUUGAGGGCUCCAGUUCUGGGCAGCUGGGAAACAGCACGCACCAUGAAGCUCCACAGUGCAGACCCAACAGCUUGAUGAGAGGAGCUGAGUUUGGUGUGGGAGAGCAAGGGGUCAGAUGGUACAGAGUUCAACUUCUGUUGAAAGUCUUUAGCUGAAAUCUGAGAAGUUACAGUGUGUGAUAUCAAGAGAGCAGUGAGAUGAAGUCUAGAGGAGGGCUUUGGGAUCCCAUGUUUCUGUGUGGGGAUGUUCACAAACUGCUUUGACUUGAGGGAUCUGUCAGGUCUUAGAAUUGGCCAAGAUGUCACGAUCUGUGUGUGUGAGGUUGGGGGUGUGAGGGUGUUUGAGUGAGCAGUCCCAGAAAAAUGUGGCUGGCCCACCUUGGAGUAUCAAGUGGUAUCAGGUGGUAUAUAAGAUCCCAAAUUUUAAUGAAAAAUUAGGGGAAAUCUCUAAAUGGGAGAAAUGAGGACCCUGAUCGGGGCACUCUCCUUCCAAUUCUAUUUCCUAACUGGUCAUGUGCUGGUAUAUGGUCAACUGUUCCUCUGGUUCACUAUGUUUCUGUUUUGGGUGGAAGCUUGUUCUUUUAAGGGGGGGCUGCCCUAAAGUUGGGGACUCACAGAGAUGUCCCCUGUAGGACAUCUGUAUUGUCCUAAAAUGUGCUAUUAGCCUCCCAACUCUGGGGUAGUACCAGCUGUUGGGGGUAAGUAUAUAUACCCCAGUUUGGUCAAAGCCCAUCUUUUGAUCCCUAUCAGAAUGGUCUUAGUAUUCUGUUCCCCAGCCCUUUUUGUAUACACAACUGGUAAAUGUGGGGGAGGGGAUGUUGAAGAGGGACAGUGGCUAUGAUAACCCUGCAUGUUCAUUUCUCCCUUUAUCCCUACUUAGAGAAAGGUGUCUGUCACAGAUACCUUUUCUCUCUGACCUUCCCCCACCCUCCACCCUACCCCUUUCGUUAGUCUGGGAGAGGGAAGCUUGGGAAGGCACCCCUUCCUGUUCCAGAUCAGAUUCACCGGCCUACAUCUUCACCAAGAACUGAUGAGCACGGCAGCAGGAGGAGUGACAGCAGGUCCCAGCUGGCUUGGGUGAGCUCACCACAUCACAAGCAUUUGAAAGCAGAUGGGGAGGACAGUGUGGGGGGGUGGCCACUGUUAGACCCAAGCCUAGCCUGUCCCAGUUGCUAAGCUUGACCCCAAGAGGGAGUUGGCAUUGACUAUGUUGGAUUACACUAAACUCCAGCGAGGAAAUGUUAUUGUUUCUAAUUGGCCCUGGGAGAUAGUAGGGAGGUUGGAACUCAGUGAGGGAAUUAAUUGGCUGUAGAUUUUGAAGAAAACCUGUGAGAAACAGCUGGGAUUUUUUGUUUGUUUGUUUGUUUUGUAUUAUUUUCUAUCCAGUGACCUGAGCCAGAGCAUCAGGCCUGUUGGUAGUGGUGAGGCUUUUAAGGGCUAUGCUGGUGACAGUGGGUAUCACCUUUCUCUGCUGCUGUACCUGCUACCACAGUUGCUAAGUAGGUAGUUUGUCCAGUGUUUGGCUGGAUCUAAUAUAGGACCCUGCCUUUCCUGUUAUAGGUAUGGGGGGGAAUCUCUGUUUCUUCUUUUAGUUACUAGGAUGUCCUAGGGGUCUCUCUAGGUCCUCCUCUCUGGAGGCAUCAUAUGGGUUUGAACCUGCCAUUUCUUCCACUUCUCACAUUCCCAUAAAAGUAACACCAGUGAAAGAUGCUGACUCUUGGGAUCUGAGGGAUCCUAUAGUAGGUGCUAAAAGGGCCUUGCUAAGCUGGGCAUGACUACUAAGGUUCUUUCCCUUCUAUUUCUUCACCAUCCAUACCUAAUUUUAUCUACACCUGACGGUUUCUCCUUUCUUGAGUCUGUCCUCACUGUAGAUGGGGGUAUAAGCCUGAUAGAGACUGGGAAAUACAAUGCUGCAAAUUGUCAGUCCUUUGUUUCUCUCCCUCCUGCUUUUGUUUCUUCCUGCUUUUCUCCUUCAGGUCAAAAUUUCUCCUAGCCCAGGCUUCUACUGUUUUCAGCAUCAUAUCCCUAUCUCACUACCUAGGGAGUGCUUUUCUUCUAUUGAUGACUGUCUGCUUAAUCAUCUGAUGUCUCCUUGUGAAGGGAGAUACCAGCUAAUGAAGUAGGAGGGUUGGACUCAGUAAUUUGCACCCUUGACUUGGCUCUCCUGUUGCCUUAGAGGGUAUGUUCAAUUGGGGGAAAAGCCCAUAGGUACAAUACCAUUUAAAAUUGAAAAGCUUGAAAUCUACUGGAACCACUGCCUUGCCCCAGGACAAGUCUUUUAAAAAGCAGGUGGAUUUUGCUUUACUGAAUAUAUUCCUGAAAAAUUUUGUGUAACCUGGAUUCAAAUAUUUUAAAUACACUAAAAGAAGUUCACCAUUUUAAAGCAUCCUGAAGCCAAUUUUUGUCAACAACAACAACAAAAAAUCUCCCCUCCAAUUGAUCUUAUUUUGUAAAUCUAAAUUUUUCACAUAAUGGGUUUGCCUAACAUAGGGGUACCUUGGUACCAGAUUUACAAUGGGCAUUACUGGGUGAAAGUCUCCAUCUGUGAUGUGUUGGGUUGUUUGGCUGACCCAUGGGUGAGUAUUUCUAUGUGUGUGAUUGAAGCUGCUGUAAGACUGGUGCUUUCAUCCUCCUCAAUCCUCCUGUCCCCUGGUAACUGCCCAGCAGCAGCCCCUGCUGCCAUGUACACUUCCACCUGCUGCCAAAGUCCCUGUGCUAAUGGGAUUAAAACCCACACAACAAAAGGAAAUUUUGGUAACUUUGUUUUAUAUUAAAAGAAAAAAGUCUGUGUGUAUUAAACAUGAGGUCCUGCCUCUGUGGCUGUGUUUGAAAAAAUAAAGUUUUAUUAGAAUAAGUU